GCCGGUGGGUCGAGGAGGACAUGAGCGCUUUGCUGUGCUUAUCGUUGAUUACAGUUGCAGUGGAGGCAAGUCUCAGAAAGAUGUCUCCAGUUAUUUAAAUUACAGCGAGAACAGUUUUGUCUCAGAGGUUAACAACUGGGGCACAGCUCGGUGCACUUGCGCUCGACAAAAGCAACGAGGGGAGCUCAAUACAGACUCUGGCAGACAGGAGCUCAUAAGGCUACUUGCAACAGGCGCCAGCUUCAUUACGUCACACCAGCUGCCGCAUGUAACACGUCACGCCACUCCAUACAUCACGUCUUGCAGCUGUAACAUCCCACAGUCCCUCGCGACACCAGCUGCAGUGAGUGCGUCAGCAUCAUGUGUGACGUGGCGUCUGACGCUGGCGUCACGCCCACCACGGACCUGCGGUUGCGGCGGAGUCUGGGCCUGCUGUCCGCCGUCAGCUACGUCACCGGCAUCAUCGGGGCCGGCAUCUUCCUCAGCCCUCAGACAGUUCUGCUCAACGUGGGCCGCUCGGUGGGCGUCGCCCUGUGCGUGUGGGCCUUCUGCGCUGUCCUGACCUUCUGCGGCGCCCUCACCUUCGCCGAGUUUGGUACCCGCAUUCCAAGUCAGGAUCAACAUACACGUACAUCAAAGAGGCAUGGGGGAAGGCGAUAGCCUUUGUGUACCUGUGGUCACACCUGAUUACUGGUCCGACCCAUGGGCACAGCGCUGGGUGCCAUGACAGCAGCGGAAUAUAUUCUGCGCCCGGUGUUCCAGGACUGCCCCGAGAUGGCCCCCAGACCAGCCAAGGUCCUCAUCGCUCUGUGUAUCAUUUUACUUCUCGUGUUGGCUAACUGCUAUGACACGAGGCUGGGGAGCGCCCUUCAAGUUGCUUCCACCGUGUGCAAGCUUAGUGCGCUCGCUGUCAUCAUCAUCGUCGGCAUCGGCUUCAUCGCAAGGGGAGACACUGAAAAUCUGCAAAAUCCAUUUUCUUUUGAGGAGGAGCCCAGGCUGGACAGAGUCAUCUUUGCUGUGUAUGCCUGCACAUAUGCCUAUGUCGGAUGGGACAGCCUGUGCAUGGCCGUGGAGGAAAUCAAGAACCCCAACAGGAACAUUCCACUGGCCAUCCUGCUGGGCAUCCUGGUGGUCAUGGUGUGCUACCUGUUGGCUAACCUGGCCUACGUGACCGUCCUGACAACCGGCCAGAUCGUAUCCAGUGUGGCUGUUGCCGUUGGGUUCUGUAAAAUGUCCAUACCGUCUCUGGUGUGGUUCAUCGUGCCCUGUAUUGGGAUCUCUGCCACCGGGGUCGUCAAUGUUAUGAUAUUUUCCUCGAGCAGAAUAAACUUUGUGGGAGGCCGGGACAAUCUCUUUCCAGAAGUACUGAGUAUGGUCAGCGUAUCUCGCCGGACCCCACUAGUGUCUUACCUCGUCCUCGGACUGCUGGCUGGAGUGGUUGUUCUUGUAGGGGAUAUAUCCUCUGUACUCGGCGCUUACUCCCUCAUCCGGGCCUCGGGGGAAACAGUGGCUAUUCUCGGCAUCUUCCGCCUCCGCAAAAAGUUCCCUGCUACAGCUACAACUUACGUGGUUCCGACCAUAGCGCCAGUGACGUACCUGAUCCUGCACUUGACGCUAUUGGCUGUCUCCCUAACACGUGACCUGCCACGCUAUGCAGUGGCGCUGCCGCUGUGCCUGCUGGGUCUACCCGUGUACUACAUGUCUUCCACCCCUAUCUUCAGGGUUGGCCCUCUGAAGGCUUUUAACGAUGUUGCCGUGAAACUGAGCAGACGACUGUUGCUGUGUGACUUUGCCUCCAAAAAUUACGAAAAUUAGAUGAAAUUAUUCUGCUCCGUGUUACAGCUAGUGCUUGAAGUGAGACCACGUGCCUUGUUAACUGAGUGUUUUUAUAACGAACUAAAUACAAAAAUAAAUAGAAAAACUAGUCCAAGACUAUUUUUCAACACA